AUGCCCAUCGCCAAUGGAGACGCUGCCAGCAAUGGCGUCCCUCUCAACCGAGACGUCGAGAAGUUGGACUGGCGAAAAGCCCUCCAAGUACUCGAGGAGUACGAGACUCGGGAUGGUCUUGAUGUCCACACCCUGCUCGACGCGAAGAAGAACGGUGCUCUGACAUACAACGACUUCCUCGUCCAGCCAGGAUAUAUUGGUUUUGCUGCCUCCGAAGUGUCUCUCGACUCUCCGGUCACGAAACGAAUUUCUCUCAAGACGCCGCUCCUCUCCUCCCCCAUGGAUACCGUCACAGAAGAAAACAUGGCUAUUCAUAUGGCCUUGUUGGGUGGCUUAGGUGUCAUCCACCAUAAUUGUUCUGCGGAAGAUCAAGCAGACAUGGUCCGAAAGGUCAAGAGAUACGAAAAUGGCUUCAUUUCCGAGCCUAUCGUCCUCUCUCCGAAAACUACUGUCGCUGAGGCCAGAGAACUGAAAGAAAAAUGGGGGUUUGGCGGAUUCCCAGUCACCGAAACCGGCGAACUCAAGUCCAAGUUGAUUGGCAUUGUCACAACUCGAGAUAUCCAAUUCCAUCCCCAGCCAGAAGAUCUAGUCACCGAGGUCAUGUCGAAAGACCUGAUCACCGCUCCAGCAGGAACCACCCUCCUAGAGGCCAACGAAUUACUGCGCAAAUCCCGAAAGGGCAAGUUGCCAAUGGUCGACAAGGACGGUAACUUGGUUUCUCUGCUCUCGCGCUCCGAUCUCUUGAAGAACCUCAACUACCCUCUUGCCUCAAAACUACCCCACUCCAAGCAACUGAUUGCUGCCGCUGCUAUUGGUACCCGACCAGACGAUAAGAACAGACUUCAAAAGCUGGUGGAGGCUGGCCUCGACAUUGUCAUUCUUGACAGCAGCCAGGGUAACAGCGUCUACCAGAUCGAAAUGGUCAAAUACAUCAAGGAAACUUACCCUGAACUCGACGUCAUUGCUGGAAACGUGGUGACGCGAGAACAAGCUGCAAACCUGAUUGCUGCAGGUGCCGAUGGCCUGAGAAUUGGCAUGGGUAGCGGCAGCGCCUGCAUCACACAGGAGGUCAUGGCUGUGGGCCGUCCUCAAGCCGCAGCAGUCUUCUCCGUCUCAUCAUUUGCAGCAAGAUUUGGGGUUCCUUGCAUUGCCGAUGGUGGCAUCCAGAACGUGGGCCACAUCGUCAAAGGUCUUGCUAUGGGAGCCUCAACUGUUAUGAUGGGUGGUCUCCUUGCAGGCACCACCGAGUCUCCGGGAACCUCCUUUCUCAAUCGUGAAGGAAAGCUCGUCAAGGCUUACCGAGGUAUGGGCAGCAUCGACGCCAUGGAGGACAAGAAAGCCGGGGGCGGCGGCAAGGAUUCCAAGGCCAGCAACGCCGGCACUGCCAGAUAUUUCUCUGAGGGUGAUAGAUUGCUGGUCGCCCAAGGUGUCUCAGGCUCCGUCCUCGAUCGAGGCUCAGUCACCAAAUUUGUACCAUAUCUCAUCGCUGGUCUGCAGCACUCGCUGCAGGACAUCGGCUGCAAGAGUCUCGUCGAGCUGCGAGAGGACGUUAGCAGAGGCAAGGUUCGAUUUGAACUCCGCAGCGUCAGUGCUCAGGCUGAAGGCAAUGUGCACGGCCUGGACAGCUUCGACAAGAAGCUCUACUCCUAG